CAGUAGUUCUCAUGGUCAAGUCAUUUCGUUGGGAAACGAUUUUGAAACAGUCGAUUCUCCCAGUCUUGGUUCUACUUCUAGUCGAGCAGGUCAAGGAAAACUAGCCCUUUGCUCACAGUUCUGGCAGUGUCCACCAACGCAGAAAAUCAGAAGACAGCCUUACAGCAAGUAUACUUCAAGUACAGACAGCAAGGCUGUGCUUGCGCGUAGCAAGAAACUGACCAACUGACUGGCUGACGUCAUUCCGGUUAUUUGACCCACUGGCCGUCAGGUUGUAAACUCACCAACGACACACCUGCUGAGUGUUGUAUUGCACCCAAUGUUAACUAUCCCAUAGUGUAGUGCAGUUCACAUUGCAGCAGUAGCAGCAUCCUCCUCCUCCUUAUCCUCAUCAUCAUCCUCAUCAUCAUCCUCAUCAACAGCAGCAGGCAGUAAAGGGCAAGCAAUGAAGCUAAAGAAGUUCUUACUGCGCUACUACCCGCCAGGUAUCAUCUUGGAAUUUGAAUCUCGUGGGUUGGUGAAGCAACGCUCAAUUGAUCUUCUGUAUCUUUCUCCAGAAGACAAUGUGGACGUAUUACUUAAAGCAAUUUCCCAACAGGAGCCUCUCAUCACUCCAUCCAGAUAUGAACAAGUCAAGCAUCUUAUUACCAUUCUGCAGCUUCGGUUGGUGGAAAAUGAUGACAAAAUGUAUCACCUGACCAAGGUUCUACGUGUACACGUACUGCCGCUGACUAACGUUGCACUCAACAAGACUGGAUCACAAUUCAUCACAGGUAGCUACGAUAGGACAUGUAAACUUUGGGAUGCCGAUACUGGCAGUCUGCUGCGGACGCUGGAAGGUCAUCGCAACGUCGUCUAUUCAAUUGCGUUUAACAAUCCGUACGGAGAUAAGAUUGCAACGGGAUCGUUUGACAGGACUUGCAGAUUAUGGAAUAGCGAUACUGGUGAGCUACUGUCUACAAUGGAAGGGCACACAGCAGAAGUGGUGUGUGUUGCAUUCGACCCGCUCAGCACUAUCCUGGGAACAGCGUCGAUGGAUGCCACUGCCAAGAUCUACGACAUUGCCACUUCUCAAGAGCUGGUUUGUUUUGAG